GCCCGGAAGCGGCUCGGGCUGCGCGCGGCGGCUCGCGCCCCCCGGGAGCCGCGAACCCGGCCGGGCCGCGCGCGGGGCCAGGCGGCAGGCGCGCGCUGAUUGGACGGCGCUCCCCGCGGCGCGGGCCCGCAGCCGGGCGCCCUGCACAGCCCGCGCCAGCGGCCGCCGCACCCAGCCGCACCGGCGAGGACAUGGGCAGCCGCGGCGCGCCCGCCCCCCGCGCCGAUGUGAAUUAUUAAAAAGAAAAUGGCCCAACGGAGCACUGUAUUUCCUUCUCUUGUCACCGAGGAAAGACGAGUGAGAACCAUGCCGCGACACAGCCAGUCCCUGACCAUGGCACCCUACUCCUCAGUCAGCCUCGUGGAGCAGCUGGAAGACAGGAUCCUCUGCCAUGAGAAAACCACUGCUGCCCUGGUGGAGCAUGCCUUCCGAAUUAAAGAUGAUAUUGUCAGUAGUUUGCAGAAAAUGCAAAACAAAGGGGGCGGCGACCGCCUGGCCAGGCUUUUCUUGGAGGAGCACAUCAGAAACAUAACUGCCAUAGUGAAGCAACUUAAUCGGGACAUUGAGGUACUUCAGGAACAGAUCCGUGCCAGGGACAACAUUAGCUAUGGAACUAAUUCUGCCUUAAAGACCCUGGAGAUGCGUCAGCUUUCUGGUUUGGGUGAUCUCCGAGGAAGAGUGGCAAGAUGUGAUGCCAGCAUAGCCAGACUCUCUGCAGAGCACAAAACAACCUAUGAGGGGCUCCAGCACUUAAACAAAGAACAACAAGCUGCCAAACUGAUCUUGGAAACGAAAAUCAAAGAUGCAGAAGGACAGAUUUCUCAGCUUUUGAACAGAGUGGACUUGUCAAUAUCAGAGCAGAGCACCAAACUGAAGAUGUCCCACAGAGACAGCAACCACCAGCUUCAGCUUUUAGAUACUAAAUUUAAAGGUACAGUUGAGGAACUCAGUAACCAGAUUUUAUCUGCGCGGAGUUGGUUACAACAGGAACAAGAACGAAUAGAAAAAGAACUUUUACAGAAAAUUGAUCAACUUUCCUUGGUUGUUAAGGAAAAUAGUGGAGCCAGUGAAAGGGAUGUGGAAAAGAAGCUCAGCCAGAUGUCAGCCAGACUUGACAAAAUAGAAGAGAGUCAAAAGAAGAAUAUGGAAGGACAGAGAACAAAGCAAGAAGAAGAGAAGGUGCAUGGGCGAAUCAGCAAGCUGGAGUUGCAGAUGAAUGAGGACUUGAAGGAAAUGAAAGCAGAAGUUAAUGCUGGGUUUACAGCUAUCUAUGAAAGCAUAGGAUCCCUCAGGCAAGUUCUCGAGGCCAAGAUGAAGCUGGAUAAGGACCAGCUGCAGAAGCAGAUCCAACAAAUGCAGAAGGCAGAUUCUCCCAUGUGAAGACAGCUGGGACAAGGAACUGAAAGAAGGUUUUGCCAGUGGGGCUGGGAGCUAGAUACCUCUGUAGCCAGGCCAGCGCUGCAUUCAGGAUUGUUCUACCCAUGGCGUGCAUGUGCCAAGAAAUGUGUUUUCAUGGGUCUAAAUGUUUACCUUGAGUCUUGAAAACACCCUUUCUUUAAAAACAUUAAAAACACAGUUUUUACCACUGUAUUUCACUUCUUUAAAUUCAGUGGAAUCCCCCCCUAAGGUUUUGAAAUGCUUUUCUCUUCUUCAUUUUAUGAAUGAAAAGACUUAGAUUUUUCCCAGUGCUUGAUGCUCUACCAAGACUAUUUACUAUUCUGAAAAAUGUCAUAGUGAUUUUUUAAAAUUAAGAAACUGAAUUCUCACAGGAAUGUGUUGCUCCUCACCCUAAAAUAAGAGAAUGUCCCAAUAGAUUAGAAGUCAACCUUUGAGUCCAUAUUUGGAUUUUAUUACUGUUGUCUGUACAUUUCUUAUAUUGGUUAUUUUCCUGUAAAUCUUCUGUCUUUUGUAGGGGGAAGAAAUUUAACAUUUGGAAAAAACCCAACUGUUUAUGUAAUGAAAAUAGCUAAAAAUUGAUAACUGCCAUACAAAUUCCAAAUUAAAUGGAAACUUAAGAUAAUUAUCUAGAUAAUACAAGGCACAAUAUUUAUAUCCACCUGGAUAUAUCAGGUUUUAAUAUUUAAAACUUUUUGAAUUAUCCAUAGCCUGUAUAGUGAUAGCCAUAUAAUAAUGGAAUGGUGGCUAACAGUUUGUUGCACAAUUAACUGUUCAUUAAUCAUAACAGAAUGUGAGAAUUUUUCAGACUUUAUGGUCUCUCUAAAUGUUUCCGAAAUUGGCACAAAGUGCUAAGGUUUAUAUACACUUAUUGUAAUUGUAUCCUUGUGCCUUGGUUUUAUCAUGUCAAUGCACUGUACCCUAUAAAAGUUCUGCCAACAAAAUAGAAGGCAUGAUAAUACAUCAGAAUUACAAUGUAAAAAUGGGAUCCUAUGUAUUUUUUAAAUGUUUAAAAAUUUUAUCACUGUUAAGACAUGAAUCAUUCAGUAUUAUUAAUGGAAUAGAAAUUCAUACUUUUGUAUGGACAAAGAACCAAAUUGAUAUUGCAUUUAUAAUACUGUCAAGAAACUUUCAUCUUGAGCAACUUUGUAGAUGACGGGUGUUUUAUUUUCAAUCGCCAUAUUUGAUUAAUCGUUGAAAAUUCGAAUGAGUACUGUUUGUUCACCUAUGUAUGUAAAAACUGACAGACACACCGUUCUAAACUGUGAGGGUGCCCUAGGAAAAAGAAUAGGAAUACUUAAAAAGAUUUUUUUAAAAAACACUUUUUUUUUUUUUUCGUUUGCCAAGGACUCAGGAAAAUAAAAACAUUUUCUAUUUUUAGAAGAAGUCACAAAUGAAAUAUCGAACUGGCUAUUACUGUUUACCCGUAUAAAAUAUGCUGCUAAAGUACAUAAUAUUCUACUCUCAAUGGCUUGACAAAACUUUUUUUUUUUAUUCAGACCUGAGAGGUCAUAUAAGGAAUAUGUCUUCUUCAACAAUAUAUUUCCUUUUUUUUUGUCACCAGUCUUUUCAUUUCUCUAUAGGAAGACUAAUUCCACUCAAAAAUAAGGUUAAUGUUCUUUUGCAAUCAGAAAAUUCCUUUCUUUUUGUGAUAGAGUAGCCAUGUUUCAUGGAGUUCUCCAUGAUUAAGCACAAGCCACAGGACAGAGAGCCACCGCCCUCUACAGCAUCUCCCCUCUAGGGUCUCUAAGGAGGAAGGAUCUGCACAUCUGACACCUGGGAAGAGCAGGGGUAGGGGACACCCAGUUGGACUCUGGUUGAGGGGCUGAUGUAAGCAGGUGAUUUCUGGCUGUCAGCUGAAUCUUCUCAGGUGCUUCUGAUGUUGCCAGCCCUCAGAUGAACUACUACAGGGACCCUGCACCUUGGCUGUUUGUUGGGCUCACCUGAGGGAGUUUAAAAAGCUGUUGAUGCUGAGCUGUGCCCCAGACUAAGUAAGUCAGCACCUCUGGGAGGCACCAGGCAGGCAUCAGUGUGUAUCAGAAGUCCCUGGUUAUUCAGUGCGCAUCAGGGAUGGUGAGCCACCCAGUGCAGCAGAGUACUUUUCUCACCAAAGUUUAAAUGAGAAUCAGCUUCCGUGUUCUUUCCUUUACCCGAAAUUUGCAAUAAAAGAAUAAAAUUUCCAAAUAAAUGUGGUGUAUCAUUUUUAAAAUUAAAAGUCUUUUAGCUUAAGGAGUUUGAGGUUAAAAAAAAAUAGGUAAAAUGUUUUAGGAAAUAUCCCUCUGUGCUUCCUUUAAAAGCCUUUGAUGGUUAAAAUAAAGUGCUAAGGUCCUGGCAG